CUAACUGUAACUAUGCUCACGCAAAUGUAAACAAUCGUAUUUGGAAAGCAGGGACUACAUAAGGGGUUAUGUUUAUGUUGGAAAGUGAAAAAUUAAUUUUUUGUUCACUGCAAUAGAAAUGUCACAUUAAUCCAACGCUAAUGCGGUUGAAAUUAUUAAUAUUAUUAUUAUCACAGUAGAAGCAUUUUAGAAUAUAUACGAUACAUAUUAGUAUUGUAAUUAUGGCUCUGAGUAACAUUUUUAGAAGAAACAUUAGUAUAUGGACUAAAGGAAGAUAUUCCAAUAAAACUAAUUAUUGUUCACAAGCUUACUUUCUUUCUGUUAAAAGUUAUCACUCAGAUAAUUUUUCUGUUAUUGGAUCUGAACCUGAUCGACAUACUCCUGAAUUUAAAGAAAACUAUGUGAAUAUGCAAAAUUUAGUUUCUGAUUUAAGAGGAAAAAUUCAACAUAUAUCCCAAGGUGGUGGAGAAAAAGCUAUCAUACGUCAUACCUCUAAAGGAAAGCUCCUUGCUCGACAACGAAUCUCAGGCCUUCUUGAUUUAGGCUCUCCAUUUCUAGAACUGAGCCAGUUAGCUGCAUAUCAAGUAUAUGGUGCAGAGGAAGUUCCUGCUGCAGGGAUAAUAACUGGCAUUGGUUUGAUACAUGGAGCUGAAUGCAUGGUAGUUGCUAAUGAUGCCACUGUUAAAGGUGGGACCUAUUAUCCAUUAACAGUUAAGAAACACUUGAGAGCUCAAGAAAUAGCCAAAGAAAACAAUCUUCCUUGUAUUUACCUUGUUGAUUCCGGUGGUGCCAAUUUACCUCGACAAGCUGAUGUGUUUCCUGAUAUUACAAACUUCGGUAGAAUUUUCUACAAUCAGGCUACCAUGUCUGCUCAAAACAUACCCCAGAUUGCAGUAGUUAUGGGAAGUUGUACUGCAGGUGGUGCAUAUGUUCCAGCAAUGGCAGAUGAAAGUAUCAUAGUAAAAAACAAAGGGACUAUUUUUCUCGCUGGACCACCUUUGGUGAAAGCAGCAACUGGUGAAGAAGUAACUGCUGAACAACUUGGUGGUGCUGAUCUACAUUGCAGGAAAUCUGGCGUAACAGAUUACUAUGCUACUGAUGAUGAACAUGCUCUUCAUAUUACUAGAAGAAUUGUUAAAAAUUUGAACAGGAUAAAAACACCUGAGGUUACCAUUUCUGAAUCUGAAGAACCUAAAUAUGCUCUUGAUGAUUUAUAUGGUAUUGUUGGUGACAAUUUGAAAAAAACUUUUGAUGUCAGAGAGGUAAUUGCCAGGCUUGUUGAUGGUAGCUAUUUUGAUGAGUUUAAAGCUUUAUAUGGAGAUACAUUAAUAACAGGUUUUGCUCGACUUUAUGGAUAUCCAGUUGGUAUUAUUGGAAAUAAUGGUGUGUUAUUUUCUGAAUCUGCAUUAAAGGCUACUCAUUUCAUUGAAUUAUGUUGUAAAAGAAAGAUUCCUUUAAUUUUUCUCCAAAAUAUAACAGGUUUUAUGGUGGGACGUGAAGCUGAAGCUGGUGGAAUUGCUAAACAUGGUGCUAAAAUGGUUAAUGCAGUUGCAUGUGCCAAAGUUCCUAAAUUAACUGUAAUUAUUGGUGGGUCUUAUGGUGCUGGGAAUUAUGGAAUGUGUGGCAGAUCAUAUUCGCCACGAUUCUUGUAUAUGUGGCCAAAUGCUAGGAUUUCUGUCAUGGGUGGUGAACAAGCUGCUAAUGUCCUUGCUCAAAUAACUCGGGAUCAGAGAAAAAGAGAAGGCAAACCUUGGACAGAAGAAGAAGAAAAAGCUCUGAAAGAGCCUAUCAUUGAACGAUUUGAAGAAGAAGGUCAUCCAUAUUAUUCAUCUGCUAGACUUUGGGAUGAUGGUAUAAUUGACCCGGUUGAUACUAGGAGAAUUCUAGGAUUAAGUUUGAGUGCUGCAAUGAAUGCAAAAAUACCAGAUACUGAAUUUGGAGUAUUUAGAAUGUAAACAGUCGAAAUUACUAAACAGAAUUUAGUAACUUUUGAAUGAAUUUGUUGAUAUUUUAUUGCUUGUAACUAUUUUUAUAUUAUUGUAUUUGCUAUAUAAAAUCUAUUUUGUUACAUGAAUUUUUAUUUUUUGUUAUUAAAUUGUUUUUCAAAAACUGU